UCUAUGCAUAAUAAUAAAAUGAAGCUUUGCAUAUAUGCCGUACAAUUAUUAGUCAUCAAAGUUUCCUUCCUCGUAGCUACAACCAAAACAAAACAAUAUUUCAAGUCUCAAAAUCUCACCGACUAUGCAUAACACUAUCGAAGAUCACAAUCGUUUAGAGGCUCUGAAGCGAUUUGAUGAGUCAAAAGCUGGAGUUAAAGGCUUGGUCGACGCCGGCAUCACCUCCAUUCCCAGCUUCUUCGUUCACCCUUCGGAGACCUUAUCGGACCUAAAACCCACUCAUCACACCCCAGUACAAUCCAUACCCGUAAUCGACUUAUCCGGCUUCGAUUCUGAUCGGCGCGGCGCCAUCGUCGACCAAAUGAGCCGCUCCGCCAGGGACUUCGGCUUCUUUCAGAUCAUCAACCACGGGAUCUCGCCAGAGAUUCUCGAACGUACGAUCUCCGCAGUGAAAGCCUUCCACGAGCUGCCGGCGGAAGCUAAGGCGGAGUUUUAUGGGAGGCCAGGAGGAGGCGAGGCCGGGUUUUCUUACUCGUCGAACAUCGAUCUGUACCGAUCAAAAGCUGCCAGCUGGCGGGACGCGAUAUCGGUGAGGCUAGGUGACUUUACGGAGGAUCGAAUCCCGGAGAUCUGCAGGGGCGCAGUGGCGGAGUGGGACGGUGAGGUUGUUAGGUUGGGAGAGGUGCUUUUGGAACUGGUGGGGGAAGGGCUGGGAUUGUGUGCGGGAAGGUUCGGGGAUUUGAGUUGUUUGGGAGCGAGGGUUAUGGUGGGGCAGUACUACCCGUACUGCCCGCAGCCUGAUCUGACGGUGGGGAUUGCUUCUCAUGCUGACCCGGGAUUGCUGACCUUGCUGCUGCAGAACCAUAUUGGUGGGUUGCAGGUCAAGUAUGGUGGUGUAUGGCUCGAUGUUAAGCCUCUUCCUGGUGCUGUUCUGGUGAACGUAGGAGACUUACUACAGAUUAUGUCAAAUGACGAAUACAAAAGCGUAGAUCACAGGGUGUUGGCUAAUAUGAAUAGGGAACCAAGAGUAUCUACUGUAGUUUUUCUGAGUCCAAGUAAAAAAGAGGAACUAUAUGGUCCCUUGCCAGAGUUAAUAUCAAAAGACAAACCACCAUUGUAUCGACAGUUUACCUUCUCAGAAUUUAUUCAAAAGUUCCUCACCAAGGAAUUGGAUGAGAAAUCCUUAAAAAAAUUCUUCAGGAUUUGAUUUGAUUUCACUCAAAUUUAUGCUUUUAUAUAUGUUUUUAUUUUAGUUGGAAAUGUACACGCUGUAUUAACUUUUAUCAUGCAUCGUCUUGUACUGUUUUAAUAUGCUUAGAUAAUUUGGAACAACUAAUGGAUAUGUGUGUUACUGUACUAAUAAAAGAAAAAAAAAUCUAUGUUAUUAGAAUUUAAGUGGCAAACAAAUGGUCACAUAUACUUCUUGAACUGA